UUUUAUUUUUCAAUUUUCAAUUUUUUUUUGGCUUCUGUCAACAUUGAUGAAAAUUUGAACGAUUUAAAUUCACAAUUUGUACAUUAUCAUGAUUUUUCAACUUUGAUUCCAUUUUAUAAUUAAAGUAAAAUUAAUUUCGAAAUUAACGAUGAAUAGUUAUAAUCCAGAAAAUGCCUACCUUACACUGGUUUCGUUGGCCGAAGAAUUUCGGACUCAAAAACCUCCCGAUAUACGAAAUUGUGUACAAUGUUUGACGGCCAUCAUCAAUCUUCGUGUUCCUUAUCCGGCAAUCGAAGCUAAAACUCAUCUACAAAUUGGUUCACUACUAUUGGAGCAUUCGAAUAAUCUUGAAUUGGCCAAAGUUCAUCUUAAAAAAGCUUGGGGUCAAGCAGAAACUAUAGCCAAUUGUGAAGAUAUCAUUUAUGAAUCGAUAUCAUUACUUGCUCGUAUCUAUGAAAAAAUGAAUCAUACAUUAGGUGCCAAAGAAAUUUUACUUAAAGGUGUCGAAAAAUCUUGUCAUUCAAUCUAUUGGCACAUUAAAUUAUUAUUUCAAUUAGCGCAAAUUCAUGCCAAUGAUCAAGAAUAUAAUGAAGCAGCGAAUGUAUUAAAUAUUGGUGCAGAAUAUGCAAAUAUCUCCGGUGCUCAUUAUACACGAAUACUUUUUCUAUUAAGUCGUGGAAUGGUAUUGAUGAUUGAUAAACGUAUCAAUGAAGUGCAUCCUGUUUUAAAUCUUGCCGGUCAAUUGGUUGAAUCAUGGCAAGGAAAUGUUCAUCUAAAAGAGGCAUUAAAAGUAUUCUUUUUAGUACUACAAGUAUGUCAUCAUUUGAAUGCAGGCCAAGUGAAAAGUGUACGGCCAAGUUUAAAACUAUUACAACAAAGUAUUCAGAAUAUAACGGCUACAUCAUUUCAUCUUGAUGACGAAUAUAUGAGCCUAAAUUCAAACGAUACUUUUAUUUGGAUGCCUAAAGAACAUAUGUGUGUUUUAGUAUAUUUGGUAACCGUAUUACAUUCAAUGCAAUCUGGUUAUAUGGAAAAAGCACAAAAAUAUACGGAAAAAGCAUUGAUGCAAAUCGAUAAAUUACGAAGCGUCGGUAGUCAUCAAAUGUUGAAUACAUUUCAAUUGAUUCUAUUGGAACAUAUAGCAAUGUGUCGUUUAGUGAUGGGCAACAGAACUUUGGCAAUCAAAGAAAUUGUUCAAGCAUUAAAUAUUUGUUAUCGAGAUACAAAAUUAAAAUUUCGACAUAAACCAUUGAUACAUUCAUUAUUGGGAAUGUAUGCAAUGUCUAUGAAUAUAACCGAUUGUGCUGAAAGCCAAUUACGACUUUCAUUAACGCUACAUGGUGCAUCAAACGAAGCACGAAUAUUGACUAGCCUAAAUUUGGCCAUUGUUUAUUUACGUAAUAAACGUGAAAAUGAAUUGAAUGAAUUGUUGGUCAAUCUGAAUCCGGAAUCACUUCAUUCAAACUCACAAAGUUUAAAAGCAGCCGCUUAUUAUGUUUUUGGUUUAAAUUCAUAUUUUCAAGCUCGUUAUAAUGAUGCCAAACGAUACUUGCGUGAAACACUUAAAAUGGCCAAUGGUGAAGAUUUGAAUCGUUUGACAUCAUGUUCAUUGGUUUUACUUGGACACAUUUUCUAUUCAUUAGGAAAUAGUCGUGAAAGUUUAAACAUGGUAACACCAGCCAUGCAAUUGGCUAGUAAAAUACCAGAUACACAGGUCCAAUUAUGGGCAACGGCUUUAUUGAAAGAUUUAUAUGAUUCUGGUAGCGCUAAACAAGCCGAAGCAAUACAGAUGCAUAAUCAAUUUUCACAAAUUUUAUUGAACGAUCAAUAUCAAGCAUUACAUCUAAAUGAACAUGGAUACAUUAAUUGGUAUAGUGAACAUUGACCAUAUUAACCACCGGAUGUUGAAUAAAGUAAUCGAUAGAAUCUUGUCAACAAAACAUAUAAAGCAAACAGAAUAAUGUGUUUGUGUGUAAAUAUUUAACCAUUAUUAUAGACACUUGGAUAAAAAUAAAUUUUCCUUCAAACUCUUUCAA